CAGUUUCAAAUAUGGCGGCCCUGUCGCAGUUGCUAUUCUCUGCCAAACAAUACUGAGAAAAUUGAUAUAACCAACCAUUUUUACCUAAUGAUAAGUAAUUUUAAAUAAGUCUUUUAAAUUAGUAAUAUUUGUAAGAACUAGUCAACUUGAUAAUGUGAUAUUUAGUGUACCCAUGGCUUCCAAUCCGCAAGAUUCGCCUGUCGUACAGCAGACGUUAACAUUUGUCGAAGAGAUAAAUUACAGUGAGAUAGAAGAGUUACAGGUCGUGGGAAAGGGGGCGUUCGGUGUUGUGUGGAAGGGUCUAUGGCGGAACACAUUCGUGGCUGUGAAGCAUAUCAACUCAGAGGCUGAGAAACGUGAGUUCGCGAUAGAAGUGCGACAGUUGUCGCGUGUGUCGCACCCGAACAUCGUGCGGCUGUAUGGGGCGUGUACACAGGGCACAAAUGUAUGUCUGGUGAUGGAAUAUGCUGAGGGGGGCUCCCUUUAUAACGUCCUACACAACCGCCCGAAGCCUAAAUAUACUGCUGCUCAUGCUAUGAGUUGGGCUCGGCAGUGUGCAGAGGGUGUUGCAUAUCUCCAUUCAAUGAAGCCCAAGCCCUUAAUACACAGAGAUUUAAAGCCCCCAAACCUGCUGCUGGUGGGUGGUGGGCAGUGCCUGAAGAUUUGUGACUUCGGAACUGCUGCUGAUAAAGCUACAUACAUGACUAAUAAUAAAGGCAGUGCCGCAUGGAUGGCUCCGGAAGUAUUUGAGGGCUCAAACUACACAGAAAAAUGUGAUGUCUUCUCGUGGGGUAUUAUUCUAUGGGAGGUGUUAUCUAGAAGAAAGCCUUUCGAAGAAGGUGGUUCAGCAUUUCAAAUUAUGUGGGCAGUACAUUUAGGGCAAAGGCCAAAUCUAAUACAGGGAUGUCCCGAACCCAUUGAGCAACUUAUGACACAGUGCUGGCACAAGAAACCAGCGGAAAGACCCAGUAUGGCUAAGGUUGUAGAAAUAAUGGCGGCGUUGUGCGAAUUCUUCCCCGGCGCUGACACUCCAAUCAACUACGAGGAUUGCGAAGACGACGAUUCCGAAAGCUUAGACGAGGAAUACAUGGUCUCGUACAACGACACCAUGGAAAGCCUCGACCGCGAGGACCUAUCCAACACCCCCACUAACUACCCCGUAGAAACCCAGUCCAACCCAGUACCUCUCCGGAACAAACCUCCCACCUCCCCUAGACCCCGAAGCUUCGUCGAAACACAAGUUUCAAAGCUCCAACACAUAAUGGCUGCCGAAGCUCAACCGAAAACCUCAGCAUUAGCCCGAGAAGAACCCGACAUACACAAUCGGAUAGGCCCCGUUAGCAUCCCACAGCAAUUCAGAAAACCGGAGUUAGACAGGUCACCUGUCAUACAGACUACUUCAAGCUCCCCAGUGCCCGGCAGAGGCCCUAUAAGCGAAGGAAGCACGCCUCAAGAUACAUUAAGAGUCAUAAGGAGUCCUAAUAUUUUCAGUGAGAGUUCAUCGCCUAGAGGAAUCUCUCCUAUAGUCAAUUAUAACAUCGGCAAUAUGAACCCUAGGCAUAUAGACAUAGAGCAGUAUUGGAACAGUCAGAGCGAUAAAUUAUCCCCCGCAAGGAGUCCUUUGGCCAGUAAUACAAGUAAUUCAGUGCGGGAGGACUACAAUCAGAACUAUUGUGACAGAUUAAGCGCAGGAAAUAGUCCAAUGACGCCAAUGAACGAGUGGAAAUGUAACAAUAAGAUGUACAAUGGAAACGUACAGAGAUUGCCGGCCGACGCGAGAUAUACACCUUUACAGAUUGAAGUAGAUCCUAACGCGUGGGAGCUCAACCAAGAUGACCAAGCUCUGUACGAUUACGUCGGAGUCAAGAACAUGGCCGGAUUCGAUAAAUUCAUCACUAUGGGCAACAGUAGCGGCUCGCCCUCGGGCCCCGUCGGCGCGGCGCCGCCCGAACCCGACCCGGCGCUCGAUUCCAUGCACAUGAUGCUGGACCCGCAUCUGCGGCCCAUCUCCCCGGACCUCAACAACGAGGAGUCCAAGCGCAUCUUCGACGAGCACAAGCAGCUCGCGCAGGAGUACCUCAAGAUACAGACGGAGUUGGCGUAUCUCAGCCAGCACAAGACUGAGCUCGAGGAGCAAAUGGACCCCAACGAGCUUCAGCAGAAGAGGGAAGUCAUACAGUUACAAAAUGAGAAGGAAUCCUUGAUCAAGUUGUUCUGCAGCCUCAACAAGCAGUUGGCGCGAGUGGACAGCGACAGCUGGCUGCUGCCCGACGACACGCACGAGUGACGCGCCGCCACGCCCACCCAGGGACCAGCACGCCCGUGCCAUAAGGACUAUACU